AUGCCGCGAUUACUAGAAAGCGAAAUUACAAAGUAUUUAGAAACUCUUGAAGAUUCAGAAGAUGGCUUAGACGGCUCGGACUCCGAAGUAGAGGAUGAAGGUCACUAUUAUCAAACAGCUCGAGAUGUUCUUCAGUACCUUGAAAAUAGUGAUGAAGGUGAGAAUGCCCAGUCUGAGGAAGUGGAUGCUGAUCCUCCUCUCGUAAUUGACAACGAUCAAAAUAUGCCAGACCCUCCUAUUUUGGAAGCCGGAGAAGCAGUACCCCAGAGUAGAUCACAAGGGAUUUCUAAGCGACCUCUGGUUUGGCGAAAACGGAAUCUUGUUACUGCUGAAGACAGCCUUAUUUUUAGGGGGAGAAACUCAGAUAACGGAAGCAUUGAUGUCUUAGGAUUCUAUGAGGAAAACGUGGCGACUGUGGAUGAUAUUGACGUAAGUGCUGUUGUGUGGAAAGAUAACAAGCCCGUUAACCUUCUUUCCACUUACGUAGGAGCAGAACCAGCAACCACAGUCACGCGCUUUGAUAAAUCGAAGAAAGAGAGAGUUGCUAUUCCAUGCCCCAAAGUCAUCAAGGAGUACAAUGCUCACAUGGGGGGCGUGGACUUAUUAGAUUCAUUUAUAGGUCGUUAUCACAUCACAAUGAAGAGCCGCAAGUGGACCAUGCGCUUAUUUUAUCAUUUCCUGGACCUCGCAGUUAUAAAUUCAUGGGUUAUGUUCAAGAAGGUAAAUAAUAUAAAAGGAAAUGAUCAACUUCUCAAUUUGGGUACAUUUAGACUAGAACUUGCCGAAACCCUCUGCAAAUUGGGUCUACCUGCAAAUGGCGCUAAACGUGGUCGACCUAGUGGGAGCACAAUACAAAGAGAACUUGUAAUGAAGAAGUUCCGAGGACCAGCUCAAGCAAUUCCUUUGAAAGACGUCAGAUUGGAUCAGACAUGUCAUUGGGCAGUUUGGCUGGAUAAGCAGCAGAGGUGCAAAUUCCCGAAAUGUUCAGGAUUUACGUUCAAAAUUACGUUCAAAUGUGAUACGAAAAAAAGCAAUUGUUUUUAUAAAUAUCAUAAUUUAGAAUAA